AAAAAUAAUUGGUACAGAACCAAUUCCUUGUGAACUUUUCCCACCUCUUACUAUGUGUCAUUUAGAAUCAGAAUUAAUAUCACGUUUGGUUUCUUUUUAUAAUGAUAUAUAUUUAGAAAAAGGGGUAAUUUUUUAUUCUGGAAAACAAAAUCACACAGAACUUAAUCAAGUUCAUGUAAAUUCUUUAAUUAUAAAAGAAAAUUUCGAAAUGUUUUCAUCAGUAGGUUGUAAAUCAGAUCUUAAUGCUAAUAUUAUUGCACAAUUUUUAAAUGAGAACAAAGAAGUUUCUGAUGACAAUGUUAAUAAGUCAUUGAAAACUAAAACUAAUAGUAAUAAUAAUAGUAAUAGUAGAAGAAGAAAAUCGUUAAAUUCUUUAAUGAUUACCACCGAAUCACCGAUAAAAAGAUUAAAUAAAAAAUCCAUGAAUACAUCCAAAUUAACUGAAAAAAUAAAUCCAAAAACUACCAUUGUUAAUGAUGUUAGCAAUAAACUUUCCUCAAAAAAUAAAUCACCUACAAAACAACAACAAUUUAACAAACCCUUUUUAUCUAAAGCUCCUAAAACAACUACAACUAUGUCAACAACAAAAUGCGUUUCUUCCCCCUUAUCCAUUUUUCCUUAUUAUCAAGAAGAAAAAAUUGAUACCGUUAAUGUAGUAAGCACCACUACCACAUCACAAAGUUUAUCGCCAUCAUCACCUGGCUCUCGUAAACAAAACUUGGAUGUAAUAUUUGACACUUUUGUUAAGAGAUAA